CCAACCGCCGUUAAACAAGAAGAAGAAGAAGAAGAAGACGUCAUCAUUCCGUGCCGCGUGGAGAAACGUGGGAACAGUGUAUAAGAGACGACUUCACCACGUGAAGCUGUGUGAACAUGGCGUCGGUUCAGGACCCAGAAGUCCAGUUCGCACAGAAACUAGCCUCCAACGAGAAGCCGGUCCGGACCAAGGCUAUAAAGAAACUGAGGAAAUACAUAAAUGUUAGGUCACAGAAAGCGACAGAUGGAUUCACUGAUGAUGAACUGCUCAAGCUAUGGAAGGGUCUUUUCUACUGCCUGUGGAUGCAGGACAAACCUCUGCUCCAGGAGGACCUAUCAAACCAGAUCUCCACCCUGAUCCACAGUUUCCAUCAUAUAGAUGGCCAGUUUUUAUACCUUGAGAGCUUCCUGCAGACCUUCAAAAGAGAGUGGACUGGCAUUGAUAGGUUGCGGAUGGACAAGUUCUUCCAGCUGGUUCGCUUCAUGUUCAAACAAACCUUUGAGAUGCUGAAGAGGAAAAACUGGGAGAGCAGUGUGGUAGGCAGGUUUCUGGAGUUGCUGACAGCACAGCUCCUUCAGGGUGGCAGUGCAGCGCCAAGCGGCCUGCAGUUCCACAUCCUGGAUUUGUACAUGACUGAACUGGCAGCUGUGGGUUCAUCAGAGCUCACUGCUAAUCAGAACUUGAUGUUCAUUGAGCCAUUCUGCAAAACAGCUGCCAAAACCAAAGAUCGGACUCUGUUCAGAGCAAUCUGCAAUAGCAUCUUCAGCUCUAUUAUUGACCAGGCUCCCUUCGCCAUUGAAGAAUUGAUGCAGGAGGUGAAAGCAGCUGAGGAUUGUGAAUCGGGACCGGCUUCUGAAGGGGAUAACAAAGAGCAAAUAAAAGAGAAAAUGAGCAAACCACUCUGCAAGAAAUGGAAGAGUAAGAAGAUCAACGGUAGUAAAUCAUAUCCAGAGGAGGAUGUUGAUGAUGAGCUUCUUUACUCAGAGGACUCAGACACAGAGCUGCCUUGUGAUGGUGACAUCGGACCAGUCCUACAGUUUGACUAUACAGCACUGGCAGACAAGCUGUUCGAGUUAGCCAGCCGGAACAGCACACUGAGCCAGAACAGACAGAGACUCUACAAAAUAAUAAAAGUACUGCAGGACCUCGGUAAAGGCAUUUUUCCUCAGGAUGUGUAUCCAGAAGAGGUCUCUACUGAUGAGGAUGAUGAAAUGUUUGGCAGCAGGAGGAGGAUGAAGAGAGAAUGUCGUCCUAUGGAUGAAGAUGAGAAGGGGACCCCAGCAGCUAAGAAAAGGAAGAAAAAGCAGGCAUCCACACUAGACAAGCAAAACAAGGACUUGGAAAAACAUGACAGUGAAAGAGUAGACCAAACCACUAAUGAUGGUGGGAAAAAGACAAAAAGGAAGAAGAAGAAAGCGGAACAGGGAGGUAGUGUUCAAAGUGAGGAAAAUACAGAGAGGUCCAAACAGGUACAGGCCAUGGCUCAAUCUCAAACUCCAAUUAAAGAGAUUGAAGAAGCUGAAGGUAUUCCACAGUGUGCACAAGCAGAAGAUUUAGAAAAGGAAGCAGAGGUAAAAAUCCACAUCUCGAUUGAAAAAGUCACAACUACUGCACAGGAUCAAUCAGAAACUCUGCUCCUCUCUGAGGUAAAGAAGCAGCCCUCAGUUACAGAAGAGGCUGCACAACCAAGGUCCCGCACUAAAGACAACAAGAACCAAACUGAAACUCUUUCAAGGGAAAAAAAGGGGGACACUUCUGAGUCCAAACCUGAGAUAGUGGCAGUCGAGGAUCAACAGACCUUUACUUCAACAGAGCCAGAAAUGUCCCCUGAAACAGUUGCUCGAGUCUCAGGAAAGAAGAAUAAAAAGAAGAGCCUAAAAACUGAGGAGCAAACAAAUGAGAUGAAGACUCUGUUACAGGUUAGUGCAGAGACAGAGAUCACAUCUGUAGGUUAUAAGACAUCAGCAGAAGAAACUGUGACAACACUGCAGACUAAUGCUAGAUUCCCUGCCAAGAAGAGGAAGUUGGGCAUGAAGGCUGAGCGCAAACCUGAGGGUGAAUCACAGAUUCACAAUGAGAGCUCCAAAGCCAAAACCAAAUUCAAAGAGCCAAGUGAUGGAAAGAGGAAGAGUAAGAUAACGAGUCUCAAGGUGAAUGCACAGGUUGAGGUGGAGGACAAACACUCAGAUACUGAGAUCACAUCGGAAGCUAGUCAACAUACCACUUCAGUGCCAAUUAAAAGGAAGAAAAAGGGCAAGCUGAAAAUUGAACAGAAACUGCUCACCAGAUUAACAAAGAAGAAACACACUCCUAAAAUGACACCAAUUCAGACAAGGCAGCUCAAAGAUGAAACCCGACUGCAGAUGGUUGGUAGUCUAGAUUUAGAGCUUCCCCUGGCUGAAACCGAGGCAAUUUUCUCCAAAAGGAAACUGACCAAAAAUAAGAAGAGGAAGAUCCCUGUGGUGUUUGAGUUUGAGGUUAAUCAGCUGAUGCCUGCUGCACAGGAGGAUGCAAUGAUCAAUGCAGAAGAGGAAACUUGUGCCAAGUGGACAAAACCUGGAAAUGAUGUUGAAGAGCUAUCCAGACCUCUGGGCGUGAAAACCUCACAAAAGAAAUUGAUGACUGCCUCUUGGUUGGCGUCUGACUUCAUUACCUUUCAGAGCAACACUGUAGCCCCUACACCACUCUUCUGCAAGUCAAGGAAGAGUCAAACUCCUGAAUUCAAGAAGGUGACGUUUGGUCUCAAGAAUAAUAAAACGGCUGAGUUUAGGAAAACAGAUCGCAGCCUGCUGGUGAGUCCAGACGGGUCAUCACGAGUGCCCUUUGACCCAAAACAAAAACCCAAGUCUGGGGUCUUAAAGUCUCCGCCAACACCAGGCUCAACCAACCUGAAGACAACCCCCAAGUUCAACAAGAAGAAAAGUUUGAAUAGUCUAAAAACCACACCUGAACGACGGCCUUCGGCGGUAGACUUCUUCUAAGUCUGCCACGCUAUAAAGAUGUAAUACUCAACUUUUUAGACUUACUCAUUAGACUGACUCAACCAAUGUUGAAAAUAGAGAUGUGUUUUUUUUUGUUUAGUGUUUCUUUUUGCUGCUUUGGGUGACUAAUGUUUGAAUAAAGUUGCUCAUUCCAGCUUCCAGCUCAAUUUGAUCAAAUGUUCAGUUUGUGUGGUGGUAGUACAAUAUUUCAGUCUUUUGAAUUUACAAUGUUGUAGUUCAUCAAAAAUGUUUGACCUGAAGAAAAUCCGUGAAUGAGAGUACUACUAUGUGCACACAGCUAAAACUACCCUGUUUGAUGUUAUGCUGGUGUAAAGGUUAAUGAAGGGUUUUAUUUAUUCUGACUUUUAAUCAACACCAAAUUCUGUAUACAGUAUUCAGGGACUGAAAUACACGUUUCUAUGUUAAAUGAAAAAAGAUUAAAGUUAAUUUUUAACUGCUAGAAUAUUGUCUACUAAUUUUCACAUUAUAACAAAUGAUAGAAAUCAAUACUAUAUUCUUAUUUUUUGUUCUUUUUUAGUUUUUAAUUGAUGGAUUUUAUAACUUUUUUGGGGAAGUCAAAUACAGUAUGUUACAGUAACUGUAAUUGAAGCACAAUAUGGACAUCAUUUGUUUUGGAGAAUAUCCAUUCCAUCGCUGGACUUCUCUGUAUUGGUUACUCUGUGAUGGCUCAGCUAAUGAUACACUUACAGUGAGGGUCAAGGGCUUGUGGCGUGAUAUGACUAGGAACUGCAUUGUCGCAUUAUUGUGGAUCAUAACCAUUACGUUAUUAUUGCAGCUCAUAUCUACCAAAGAUUAUUGACAAUGUAACAGCUUUUGGCGAUUUAAAUACAUUCUGUACGGUGGAACUAA